AUGAGAUUCACCGUUCCCCUUCGCGCGAUAUUUCCUGUUUGUCGAAGCGCGUCACGCGUGUCGCCGUGGCUUCCAGCACGUUUGCCAAUUUCGAGGUCGCGUUAUAUUCGCUUUAUAUUCGUCGAUCAUCGCGAUGCACAACGAUCAGGAAGGGAGCACGCACUUGCCGGCUUGGCAAAUCACCAUGAUUCAGCAGCGCGAAACGUAAUACGUAUGUGUCAACCAGUCACGCUGGCGGCAAUAUUUCGUAGCAAAAAAGUUGGACUAUCAAAGGACGGCUAUCAUUUAGCAGAUAAUGACGGAAAAACAGCCGAUCGAUCCGGCGGAUUAACUCAAAUGCAAGCCGGUUAA